AUGGAGACGCAAAUCUUGCAAAUCGGCCUCCUGCUGGCUAUGGGCGUCAUAUCGGCCAUUUUUGGGCUGAUCCCACUAAAGCUCCGUACCUUACCCGCUUUUUCGAUGCAAAAUUCCCCGCUGAUGUCGUUGGUUACCUGUUUUGCCGGUGGUGUCUUUUUGUCUGUUUGUCUACUCGAUAUGUUGCCAGAGGCGUUUGAGCAACUCGAUAAAGUGAAUGGUCGUUUGAAAGACUCCAAAUUCGGCAGCUACUGGAUUGGCCUUCUGAUGGGUGUCGGUCUAUUCUUUGUGCUAUUUGUCGAAUUUGUCACCCAACUGAUAUUUGGGACGGCUGGACAUUCACAUGGACCGCCUAAGCCUGCAAAAGUACUCCCUCGCGUCUCUUCCGGUCUGACCUUCCAAGAAGAACUCGAAAUUAAUAAGGAAAAAGCUGACGGAAGCAUCGACAGUUUGUUAAACAAAAACGAGGCGCAAGGUCUGUCCCGGAGUCUGGCCCUGGUUUUCGCCCUCUCUAUCCACAGUCUGCUAGAAGGGUUCGCUUUUGGUGUGCAGACAUCGGUAAAAUCUGUCGUUGCCUUAUUUUUCGGCAUCAUGGUCCACAAGGCGGCCGUUUUCUUUGCUGCCGGUUUCCGCCUGUCCUCUGCUCACCGAAUCGUUCUCCUCCCCGCAUUAAUGGUAUGCUGGAUGGCAGUAAUGGCGCCGUUGGGCGGAUUUGCCGGGCUACUCGUGCAGGGCUCGCAAGGGACCGAAUCAAAUGCUAAAGAGGCGCUAAUAUUGAUACUUUCCUGCCUUUCUCUUGGCACUUUUCUACAGAUUUCGUUUUAUGAGCUUCUGGUGCCGGAGCACCAAAAAGAUGUCUCGAGAAUUGCCCAACUCGGCGCCACUAUUGCUGGAUUUGUUUUAAUUGCCAUGACAAUCAUUUGCUACCCGGAAGAU